AUGGUGAGCGUUCCUAAAACAUGCCGGAAGUUCUGCAGGAAGUGUGGCAAGCACCAGCCCUUCACAGUAACACAGUACAGGAAGGGCAAAGACUCCCUCCAUGCCCAGGGGAAAUGGCGUUAGGACAGGAAGUAGAGAGGCUACAGUGGGCACACUGAGCCAAUUUUCCAGAAAAAGGCUAAAAUGACAAAGAAGAUUGUGCUGAGGCCUGAGUGUGUAGAAGCCGAGUGCAGGUCCCAGAGAACGCUGGCUGUUAACAGAUGGAAACAAUCUGAACUGGGAGGACACGAGAAGAGGCCAAGUGAUCCAAUUCUAAUCUUCAUCCUCUGUUAUGAAGAGAAUAAAACCUUAAGGCUAUUGUUCACUCAAUUUGGUUUUUUGGGAGGAAAUAACGGGAGCCAUCAAUAA